UCUUCAAUUCAUAUUCCGUUUGCAAAAUGAUGAUGAAUGAAAAAGCAAUUGUAAUGUCCAAAUAUUGGAAAGAAACGAGUUGCUUCUCAUGGUCUUGUAUAACUGACUGGCAAGAGUUCUCGGUUGUUAUUGAGGAAUCAUCAAAAGACUCUUUAUCCAAUAUUGGCGACACUAUUGAACUUUGGAAAUAUGGUGGUAUUGUUGGAAGUAUAGAGAGAGGGACUUUGUUUGCUUGGAGGUUUCAAGAAGACUUUCUAGAGAUAGUUUCCUUGAGUGCUCUAUAUUUUGGCAGUUAUCAAGGAGUACGACUUGUGUUUCGAUCUCAAGUCUUUUGUUGUCCUCCAGUCCUUUCUGUGGUUUACAAAUCUGACAACGAAGUAGAGUUGUAUAUAUUUGUAGCGCAGUCUUCAGGAUUGGUUUCGCGAAUUGCCUUGUUGUGGCUUCGUGGCCUAUUUUGUGAACCACACAGUGUACAAAGCUGUUUCUUAUCCAAAGGGAUUACUAUGAAACAGCUGAAUGCGAUAGCUACGAAUGUUUGUUUUGUGGUUGUUGCGAAUUGGCCCACUAUUUUUCGAAUAGUUUUUUCAGAUUCGUCCAGUUCUUUCCAGUUGCUAGAGAUACCUGAAACAAAAGAACCAGUUAUAAAAACAGGACUAUUGGGUCGUGUUUUUCGCAAAAAGUAUUUUUCAGAAGACAAGGAUUCUGAGAGUAUAGUUUGUGCCACGAUGGAUAAGCAAAGUCGGUUUCUCCUUGUUCUUGACUCGAGUGGACUCUUUUCGUUGAUUGAUGGUACUUUUUUGUCUUGUGUUGCACAGAUGAAAUAUCGCAAACUGGCUAAGCAUGAAUACGGCGAGAUAUUUUCUCAUGGAAGGGAACAUUUCCUGGCAGUAUUAUGUGUCGAAGAUACUACAUCUUAUUCACUACAUCUCGUGGAUAUAAUUAUACAACAAGAUUCUAGUGAUGAUAACCGCACUAUUUCCUAUAGUCUUCAAUUACAAACCCGUUUAAUCUAUAAUACUCCUAUUCAUAUUCAAGUUGGUUGUUAUAUGGAUAGAGAAGAGACACUUGUGUUGGAAGAUGAAGAAGGCAGGAUGUUUUCGAUACCUAUUUCUUCAAGUCACUUGCCUAGUCACAAAUCUGAUCCUUUGUAUGCUAUAUUUGAUUAUUAUAGUGAGUGGAAUGACUUUGGCGGUCUUGGUUGGGCAUUAGAUGAAGUAUAUGAGAGGAUACCCAUUCAAAUGUUAUUUUCUCCUUGUCGCUUUUCGGAUGAUAUCUUAGCCAAAAUAUUCAAUCAACCCAAUUAUACAAGUCGGAUGAGUUUAUAUUCCUAUGCAAAAUCCCAAUCACUUUGUACUGAAGAGUAUAAACGAUUGGUAUUAUCUGCCACCAGAUUGUCUUGGGAAAGAGAGUCUUGUUUGUUGACGAUAAGCAUGGAUGAAUCUCUUCAUGUUUGCUUUGUUAUGCGUCAAGGAUGUAUCGGUGUACUUCGACAAAUGGAAGCUUUCGAAAUAUUUUCUCUUGAAGAUGAUGUUGAAAAUUUUUCUGAAAUUUCUGAAAGGGAUUCCUCUCUUUAUGAUAUUUCUUUAUUACCGGAUCUUUUUAGACACUCUAAUAAUUUUGAACUUUUUUCGUAUCCCUUAUUGUGGAAUUCUUUACCAACCUUAUUAAUUCAGUUGGUUACAUGUUUGAAAGCACAGAAGGAAUGCCAUGAUAUUCAAAAUACAUUUCAGGAGGAUUUCUUAUUAUAUCAUGCGAAUUAUCCCAGCGAGCACUCGAUUUCUUCUUCGCUUGUUGACGAAUUGAUGCGGUUAUGUUUGAAGAAACUACCCUUUUCACUUUCGCUAUUUGACCAUCAUCCUUUGAGUUUGUGGAUGAAAGACAAUUUUUCUUUAGGAAGGAAUUAUGACAAUGUUGAUUGCUCUGUUUUAUUUUCUUAUUUAUGGAAGUUUUUUACACCUAGUCCUAACAUCAUCGUAUUUCUAUAUGAUCGAAGUGAAUGGCAUAUUUUGUUACAAGUUUGUGAAGUUUUGAAAGAAAGUUACCCAGUCAUAUGUUAUGGCAUUGGUUGUUGGAUAUAUCUUAAAUUGCAACAAAUAGAAAUGGCAGAGUCAUUCUUAACUCAGUUGCUAGGAAUUCUAGAAAAGAAGGAAGAACCUCUGUCUGAAACUCAAUUAGUGAAACUAGUUAUAGGAAUUCAAAGAGAACCGUUAUCUUUCUGGUUAAGAGAAGCCUUUUUCAAGACUUUGGAUAGAUUAGGGUACACCGAGCGUGCUAUUCAAAUGGAAAAGGAAAUGAUUCCUAUUGCAAAGGAUGAAUCAAGCAUAGCAAGCAUCAGAACUUUUAUUUUCAAUGGUUACAUGAAGAAUCGAGAGUGGAAGAAUGCUUUCGAGUUGUUGCUCUCAAGUUUUCAUGUUGGUGCUUUGAGUUCAUGGAUGGAUGACUUCAAUUUGUUGAUUCAUUCUUUGGCUGAACAUCACCAACUUGGAUUGCUUUAUACAACUCAACAACUGCCUCCUAUUCUUUUUUAUCGUAUUGGAGAAAUUUUGUAUCUUCGUUUCCAAGGACAACAAGUUAGUCGUCAUUCUAUGUCGACUAGUUUUAUGGAACAUUUAUUGGAUAAUUAUAGAUGGUAUUAUUUUAUCAAGGAGUUUUAUCUUGCGAGUAGAAUAGCUUUGGAAGGAUAUUGCAAGUUGUUGGAAACUUUUGAUUCCAUUUCAGGUUUAUCUUGGUUGAGAACUUGUAAUCGUUUGAUAGGAUUGAUUUGCACUUCUUUGACUAUGAUUUCUCAUCAACACGACCGGUAUUUAUUAUUGAGUGGUAAUCUCUUGGAGACGUUGUGUAAGCAAUCAGGUCUUCAUGAUUGGUUAUCUAUGAAAGAAAAUCAAGUUGCUGUUCACGUGAAACUUGAUAUUUUCCAAUUUGUAGGUGUUGUACGUGGAGGGCAACAAUGGUUGUUGGAACAUUUCCCAUUGGAAGAAAGGAAUGAUUGUCGGCUUAUGCAAUCAGUAGAUAUCUCAUCAGUCAAAUGGUUGUUGAGUAACCUUAUUCAACACAAAGAAUGGGAUCUUUCAUUUCAAAUUGCUUAUCAAGGAAGUUCCUUGUUACUCUCUGAUCAGUUGUUGGUGUUGUGGUUUCGACUAGUUGGUGUUUAUUUGAUGGAACAUGAGUCGUCUAUGAUUGCAGACAACUUAUGGGUACAAGUGCUGAACUUUUUAUUGAAAGCGGAGUCUCUGUAUGGAAAAUUUUGUCUCGAUAUGUUUUCAUAUGGGCACUUUGGUAUUGUUCUGUUACAAGGUAUUUUGUCACAUGCGCCUGCAGAUUGGUGCAUUCCUAGAUGGCUUCUUGAAUUUUCGGGAUGGGGUGAAUAUUCAGGUUUUCAUAAGGAUUCCAACUCCUGUAAACGAAAAGGAAACAUAUCACGUCUGAUGCAGCUUUUGAUACAACAUGGACGUGAAAAAGAGGCAUUAGAAUUUAUGUGUGUGACACUGGAGAACAAAUUGUAUUCAAAUAAUAUUCUCAUUACUUGGACUUUUGUUGAUGCUUUACUUUGUAUAAAAAAUGACGAUGAUGAUACCUUUGAUGAGGACAUUAUCAAAGCCCAAAGACGCUUAAAAGAUUUGGCUUUGAUUUGUUUUAAAAAAUCUGCAGUGUCGUCAUGAUGUAAGGAUGACAUGUUGGGUUGAAUAAACUCUUAUAAUCUUCAAUACGACUAGGAAAUGAUGGGU